UUUUAGGAGAAUUUUUUUCGUGAAGCCAUCGUCGACCUAUAGAUAAGGUUAGGUUAGGGCUCCGUUUCCAGAGAGAGCGACGCAUCGCCGCUAUAGGUAUGUACGCGUAUUAUACAUAGAAACACGAAUCAGCGCGUGGGGUCGUAUAAGUAAUUCGUGCUAUUGAACGUGAACCCGUAGGCUGCAUCGUAAACAUGGCGAAGAUUUAGGAGAACGAUUUUUCUGUUUUAAGUUUUAAAUGUUGCUCCAAUGUGAUACUUUUAGCACUAAUCGAAACGACUGGAAGUGAUUUCUCUUAUUUUUGAAGUGAUAGAAAUAACUCCGAAAUGGAUAUUCGUGGAGUUGAAAUAACGAAUCAGUUGAGGAGUGCUAUUCGAGCCAAGUUGCUUGAAUUGGGCGUACGAUACGAUGAUGAGUUGCCAGAUUAUAUUCUAGUAAUGGUUGUGAAUAAAAAAUCGAGAUCCCAGAUGAAUGAAGAUUUAAACUUGUUCUUGGAAGACAACACAGAGACUUUUGUUAAUUGGUUACAUGACCAAGUACUAAAAAAACUUCAAAAAGUUACAGUGGCUAAGAAAAAGACUAAUAAAGACACGGAAUCAACAGCCAUUGUUAAGCAAGAAGAAGAAGAUGAGAAGAAAAAACCAAAAAUAGAAGACGAGCCUCCCAUGAAAUCAGACACCCCUACAGGAGAGCCAACAAAAAUUGAAAGAGACAAAGAGUUUGAUGAUCUUGUAGGUGAUCUUGCUAUCUUAAAUGAAGACGACGGUAAAUCUAAUUUAAAAGAAUCGCAGGUUGAUGAUGAAGUAAAAUCGCAGGAUACAAAAAUUGCUAUGCUUGAUAGUGGUGAAUCUUCCGAUGAUUCGAGACUAGAGUAUCCAGAAAGAAAAAGCCUUCAUUCAAGUGUCUCAAUACCCAAAUCUUCGAGCAUUGACAAAACAGCAUCCAUUGAAGCUGAAAAAGUCAAUGAUACCUCGAAUUCUAGUUUGAAAAGAAUGUCAAAUGAUAAUUCAAGUGAAGAAACUGCACCAAGUGCAAAACGUUCAAAAUUUUCUAAUGACUCAGAUAGUGAGGAUGACAGCAGCGUGAAAUCUAUAAGCAAACCAAAACUACUUUCAGUUGUCACUGUUAAAACAAAACCUAGUGAAGAGGUUUCUUCCCUAGCAAGCAAAGAAGAAUCUCAAACAAAGAGCAAAAGUGAUGCUAAAAAUGAGACUUCUAGUCAAAGAAGUAGUUUAAAUCAGAGUAAAAGCAUAGACAGAAGAAAACCACGAACUGACGAUUUGAGAAAUGAAUCGCGAAGAGAUAAUAGACAUCCAAUACACAAUUCCAGCAGUGAGAAAUCCAGCAGAAUAGAAGAAACCAGGGAUAAAGAAAGACUUGGUAGUAGGUCAGGUACAAUGAAAUCCCGUCUUGGUACCAAUGGUAACAAAAAAGAUGUACUAUCUCUGAAAUCCACCAAUUCCACUAAAAUAAGCAAACCUAGAAUUAGUAAUGUAAAAAGUAGACUAGGUGUAAGAUCUAAGCAGCAAGACAGGGAGCUUCUGAGAACACCAUCCAAACUCUCCAAAAUUUCUCAAAAACAUUUUGAGGAUGAAGAUGAUGAUGCGGAAUGUGUCAUUACCACCUCGCUGAAAUCCCACAUAAUAGCAGUUCAAAAAGCUAAAAAGCGCAAACAAACAACUUCAGAUGCAUUGAUUAAGCCCAAGAAAAUAAUACAAGAAGAAAUAAUUGACGAAGAUGAGGACCAAGAUGAUAAAGUUCCAAGUAAAGUCAUUGUCACCCCAAGACCAUUACAACCAUUGAAACCAGUACAAAAACGUGCUACACAAUCCUUACUCUUGAAGGCAGUUGCUGAGGCCAAUCAAUCGGUUGUCAUGCAAAAAAAAGUUGAUCCUUGUUUAAAAGAACAAACUAAACCUACCAACAAAAUUAAAAUAACGCGCGAUCCUUGGGAGGGCAAAAUACUUUCAGUAAGUUUAAAUGGAAAGAGGAGAAACGUCAUGGAAAAGAUUCAAGUUGAACUUAACAAUCCAGACAAAUCUAAAUCUAAAAAAUCUCUCUCAUCAAAAAAGUCGCAAGUUGUAACCGAUGAUCAUAUGGAUGUAGUGAAAUCAUUGUUCAAAAGGAGUGAUAAUAAACAAAAAUUUCUUGUCACAUUGAACGGAUACAACAACAAUGUUCUUAAAGAAAAAAACUCGGAUGAGGAGGAACGUGUAAACGUGGAAGUAUUGGAGGUCGAAGACGACGAUGAUGAAUUAUCGCUAAUUAAUAAUCCAUACGAUGCAUACGAAGAUGAGGUUCAAAUCAUCGAGAAUGAUGAUUAUAGUAACGAUCAUCCACUUGGCCGUGAUCAGGAAAUGCGCCAAGAACCCUCAGGUGCAUGCACAAACACACACAAAGACAAAUACGGGGAUAAAUACAAAGACAAACAAGUUGAAGAAUACGCAGACAAACCAGUAGAACAAUACACAGACAAACAGGCUAAUAGACAUGCAGACACAUACAAAGACAAAUACGCGGAUAAAUAUAAAGACAAACAAGUUGAUCAAUACGCAGAUAAAUACACGGACAAACCAGCUGUCCAAUAUCCGGACAAACCAGCUGGCCAAUAUUCGGACAAGCCAGCUGCUCAAUAUACAGACAAACCAGCUGCCCAAUAUUCGGAAAAACCAGCUGCUCAAUAUUCUGAUGAACCGGAUAAUCAAUAUUCCGAUAUACCAGUUCUUGAAUACUUCGAUAGACCGGAUAAUCAUUAUUACGGUAUACCAGCUCCUCAAUAUUCCGAUAGACCGGCUACUCAAUAUUCUGAUACACCGGUUAAUCAAUAUUCCGAUAGACCGGCUAAUCAAUAUACAGAUAAAUAUUCAGACAACCCAGCUGCUCAAUAUACGGAUAAAUAUACAAACAGAACAGCUGCCCAUUAUACAAACAAACCAGUUGUCCAAUAUGUCGAGCCAAAAAUCAAUCGUAACAGAAUUGAUAAUAGGGAUCAUCUGAGAGUAGAACAAAUUUCUGGCAGAAAUCACAGAAGACCAAGUCCUAUUGUAUACAGUAGAUCUCGAUCAGAUAGUCCUGCAAACAAACCUACAGUGGCUUCAACGGUUACUUCCGUUUUAAGAAUUAAAAAACGACCUCUCAUAAGUUCCAUAAUAACAACCGUAGCGGACAAAUCGAACGAAAAAUGUCGCUACUGGCCGACCUGUACAUUAGGAAAAAAAUGUGCUUAUUUACACCCAGAAGUCUUGUGCAGUUCUUUUCCUGCUUGUAAAUUUGGUGAAAAGUGCGCUUAUAUGCAUCCGAAAUGUAAAUUCGGAUCAGCUUGUACAAAAUUGGGCUGCAAGUUUUCGCAUCCUCCUGUAAAAUGCAAAUAUCAUCCAUACUGCAUGAAACCUGGAUGUCCAUUUUCUCAUCCCAAAACGUCGAGUUCCAGUAAGCUAGCUCAGGGCUUGACGCCGAAUAUGACUACCGUGAGGGCGAAAUUUACGUGGAAAAAGAAGGAAUAGGGCGUAAUAUAAAUAAAUAUAUUACCCAUUAAUAUAUAUAUUAUUAAUUAUUAAUUAUAAUUUGUUGUGAAAUUAAGAAAUCUUGAAUAGACUUGAUUUCUAGAAUGGUUAUUAUGCUUCAGGCAGCAUAAAUUUAACAGUGAAAAAUGUAUAAUAUUAUUUUAUUAUAGAAUAUUGAUAAUAAAAUGAAUCCGAUUUGACAAAAAUUAAAGCGUUUGAAAAGUAAGUACUUUUAAUAACUCACGAGUCUUAUCUGGCGAUCCAGAGUCUGGGUUCAAAGGACACAAAGUAUUUUUAAAUGAACUUGCGUAAGUUCAAUAGUUAUUAAGUGUAUUUAUUAAGACAAUUGAUUAUAGUCAAAAAGUAUUUGAGCCGUGAGGUUUAUCAGCUAGAACGUGUGUAAACCUUUUUAUUUGUAAUAUACAAAAUAAAUAACGUUUUUCUCUUUUU